CACACCAGUAAAGCAGCGGUGCAGCAUUACUUUAUAUAAUUGACAAGUGUGGUCUUUACCCUUUAAUAUAUUUAGCGCAGUGGUAGUUGAAUCCGAAGGGCACAUUGCAGCAUCUGUUUAUGGGACGAGCCACCGUUGAUAACUAUGUGCCCUGACCAACAUUUUUUCACACUUCCAGUUAAAACCUAUCGAUUUGCCCCGCAAUGUACGAAAGAUUACCACGUAAAUACCAGCAGCGAAAGAUGGACUCACUUAAUUGUUUCUACAUCCGCACAGUUGGCAGACACCCAGUUGAUGAUGGAAAGAUGAAAAGGAGUACGCACUGAAACAAAUAGAAGGCACCGGAAUAUCCAUGUCUGCCUGUAGGGAAGUCGCUCUGUUACGAGAACUGAAACAUCCAAACGUGAUCGCCCUGCAGAAAGUGUUCCUGUCCCACAGCGACAGAAAGGUUUGGCUCCUCUUCGAUUAUGCCGAGCACGACCUAUGGCACAUCAUCAAGUUCCACCGUGCCUCCAAGGGUAACAAGAAGCCCACACAGCUGCCCAGAGGGAUGGUGAAGUCUCUUCUGUAUCAGAUUCUGGAUGGGAUCCAUUAUCUCCAUGCCAACUGGGUGCUCCACAGGGACUUGAAACCAGCCAAUAUCCUGGUGAUGGGGGAAGGUCCAGAGCAGGGACGAGUUAAAAUCGCCGACAUGGGUUUUGCCAGGCUCUUCAACUCUCCCCUCAAGCCGCUGGCGGACCUGGACCCCGUAGUGGUGACGUUCUGGUACAGGGCCCCCGAGCUGCUGUUGGGGGCCCGGCACUACACCAAGGCUAUCGAUAUUUGGGCCAUUGGCUGCAUCUUUGCGGAGCUGCUCACAUCCGAACCCAUCUUUCACUGUCGCCAGGAAGAUAUCAAAACCAGCAAUCCCUUCCAUCACGACCAGCUGGACCGGAUAUUCAGUGUCAUGGGAUUCCCGGCAGAUAAGGACUGGGACGACAUUCGGAAGAUGCCGGAGUACCCAACACUGCAGAAAGACUUCAGGAGGACAACGUAUGCAACCAGCAGCUUAAUCAAAUACAUGGAGAAGCAUAAAGUCAAACCAGAGAGCAAGGUUUUUCUGUUGCUCCAGAAACUCCUCACCAUGGACCCCACCAAAAGAAUCACAUCAGAGCAUUCGCUGCAGGACCCGUACUUCCUGGAGGAGCCAUUACCAACCACCGAUGUGUUUGCCGGGUGUCAGAUCCCGUACCCAAAACGAGAGUUCCUGAACGAAGACGAGUCUGAGGAGAAAACAGAAAAGAACCAGAUCCAGCAGCACCAGCAGACAACGGGUCAGACUCAGGCCCAGACCCUUCAACAGACAGCCACCCAGCAGGCCCCCUCCCAGCAGAACUUGGCCCAAACCAAUGGCAACGCAGGGGCAACGGGGGCCGCCACCGGCGGGGGUUUGCAACAUGGCCAGGACCAGGGGCCCCACAACAAGAAACCUCGGAUCGGACCCUCUGGGGCCUCCUCAGGCACUGGGGUGCUACAGUCAGAGUACCAGCUCACUGGCUCCCGCCUCGGUUACCAAAGCGGCGUCCAAGGUUCCACUCAGCCCCAGGGCACCAUGGGAUACUCGUCAUCGUCCCAGCAGAGCUCCCAUUACUCCCACCAGACCCACCGUUACUGAGGCUGCAAGUCCCUCCCGAACCAGAACUACGCUCCUCCUCCAGCCUUUCAUUAAUACAUCAGUAGCCGCCAUUCCGACUUUCAGCUCUCCCUCGCUUUUUCGAACCCAUAUUCCCCGAAAGCCUUCAAUGACCCUGCAACAUCGGAGUCAAGACAAUCUAGUUCCGCUUCGUCCGGCUGGUGAUUAGAAUGUCAAGACAGAUGUGUAGGUGUCGUUCACACACUGACUCGGAACCACAGCCCUCACAAACACACAACGUUCCAUCAAAUCGCAGCUUUGUUUAUAUAUGUAGCUACUUUUUCUCAAUGUAAUUAUUGUUGUUUUUUUUCUUCCUUAUUUGCUUAGUUUACCUUGACAGAUGGCAUUGGAAAUGUUGACACACGUGGAAGUGAUUGCACAGAAGGAAACACGGAAGCGAAGAACCCUUUAGUCUCAUCUGUAGUGUAACACUCACCUUAGAUAAAAGUAGAACUUAAGCUAACCCUGUACUUUUGAAGAAAGAAAACAGUUUUUGUGUUUCUACACAAAAACAAAAAAAAUCAGCUCCCUGAGCUGAUGCAAUUGCAGGGAAAUAAUAAAGGCACAAUUUCACUUAAUGUGCUCAUGA